AUGGAGUCGUUAAAGCAAACGGCGACGGCGACGGCAACCGCGACGACAAACAACGCAAACGCCACACCCGCAACGGAUCAAAAUUUAAAUUCUACGACUCCGCAAAUGGUAGCCACGCCAAAUUCAGACAUACCAUUAGAUAAUAUAUUAAAUUUAGAUUCGGAUGUUGCCAUUAACGAAUGCAUGGAACGUCUUGGAACGAGGUUAAACAUGAUGGAAACGGAAUUGAGAUACGCUUGGAGAGCUUUGGAUUUACUGUCUCAGGAAUAUGUUAAAAUGUGGACGAGAUUGGAAAAAUUAGAGAGUUUGUUGUACGAACAACAAACGGUCAUAACACAACUCUUAGAAUUUUAUUCGAAUUUCGAACGUCAGAGUAAUCACGAGCUCGGAAGGGGAGAUGAUGAAGACAAUAUAAAAUCGGGUGAAUUAAUGAAUGAAAGAAGAACGAUGAUGAUGAAAGGAGACGAUAUGACGACGGGAGUCACGAGCGAACUCGAUGCAUUACAAGAAGCUCUUAAAUUAGCCGAAAAUAGUGCGAGGGAAACUCUGAUGACGGAUAUUAUAGGGUCUAAUACUUAUUUACCCGGAUCUUCAGCUCUUUCCGCCGAAGCCUCUGAAAUAAUAAAAGAACUUCAACUCGAAGACGUUUUGGAUUUGUCAAACGAAACUUUCUAUAAAAAUUUAAAUAAAGCGUACAGGGAUGAUUUCACAACGGGUUACGAAUCUAAUCCUUUAUCUAUGGCAAAUUCUUCUCAGUUGGGAAUGAUAUGGGAAGAAUCCGAAGAAGGGGAUGAAAACGGAACGCUCAAUUCAAAAAGAGAUAUUAUAACGACGGAAUUGACAAAAGAAUCGAAAGAAAAUGAUGUUUUCACCGCGUUGGAUUAUAAAGAUUACAGAGAUAAUAUUUCUUGCGUUAAAGAGGAUGAUGAUGAUGAUUUAGCCCAAUUGUCAAGACUGAAUGCAAUAGAUCAAGUUGCACUUGAAAAACUACACGAAUUAGACAGGCUGACUGAUAAAUUGGAAAAAGAUUCGAAUCAUUUAAAAGAAUUGGAAAAUUGUCUCAAGGAUAAUACUUCUCACGUCAUCAGUGACAUACAAAUAUCAAAAGCGGAAAAACCCGAAAUGAUAUCAUCGAGUGAUAAAAAUUUCAGGCCGGAUGAUUCGGAUAUACUAAACGACCAAACGCAAUCGCUGUUAAAUGAUAUAAACAUAGAAAAUUGGAAUUACUGUAACGAGCCUGCGGGACUUGCGGAUAUGCUAUUGCUUGCAAAUAUGGCGAGCAAGCAAAAACCUAGAACGGAAACGAUGCCGUUGGAUUCAUAUCACGAUACCGGUGGAGAAAUGGAUAAUAAUUUGACAGGGUAUUCUAGUAAUUCAGGACUUUCUCCCAGGCAUCACAAUAAAAUGACAGAGAUUCCUUCUUCUUCUUCGUACACCUCCUGUUCUGGGGGAAUAUCGAGCUUAAUGCAAAAUGAUGUGUCUUCUCCGAAACGAGCCUCCGAUUUACAAAAUUAUACUUGUUAUUCUGGAAUAAAUUUUUCACCAAAACGGGUAAUAAAUUCUGAUACGUAUUCCUACGGGACGUUAACCACCGGUUCACCGAAGCGUACCGUUGAUUUACAAAAUUAUCCCUACGGAUCAUCAACGUCUUCACCGAAACAUCACGAUUUACAGGGAUUGGGUUACAAUUUGGAAUCAAGCGGUCUCAUUUCGGCUUCUUAUUCAUCGGUGGCCUGUGUUUCACCCAGCAUUCAUUCUUUGUCCAGCGGUAAAUUAAGCACUUCGCCUCCUUUAUCAAUAAUUAGCGUUAGAACGAAACAAGAUGGAUAUAAAUCGAAUAUCAUGCGAAGUGAUUUACUUCAGACUAGUCCGAGUCCGACCAGUCCUCCUCCUCCCGCUCCGGAAGAUAAAGACGUGUUUGUAAUGGCUUUUAAAACGGUAGAAGAAAGUUUAGUUUCUUGUGUCGAUCCUUAUCACUCAGGAGGUGGAACAACGUCAAUUAUGUCCUUGUCGCUUGAUCAGCAACAAGGUAGACUAACUCCCCGAACGCCUCAUUUGCCAAAAUCGCCAAAAACUUCACCCAAGCGCAUUAUUAAAUCCACUUCAUCAAAUUUAGCCGCAGCCAAAUCCGACUCGGGCUUAUCGUCAAUGAGCGGAGGAUGGUCUAGUUUGGAAAAAAGUCCGGGAUCUCCAAAAAGCAAUAGAGUUGCCAAUGCUUCGUCGUGUUUAUUCACCGAUACUGGAAUGCUUUCCGGUAGAGUUCCAUGCUAUUCCCAUUCACGUUCUCAAUCAGUCACACACCUUAACUUAUCUCCAAAACAUAAAUCUAAAUUUAAUUACAAACAAGAAUACGAUCCUUAUUCCUACAGCAGAACUUUAUCACCCGUACCUCCACCCCCUCCUUCUUCGUCAUUGAUCGUUGGUGGUAAUCAUUUAUCAGCGUUUACUACCGUCAAAGCCAGCAGCAGAUUAGACAAUACUUCACUGUUAAUAACAAACGAUAGCUCAGGAACUUUCGUUCCAUCUCCAGCUCCUAAUUCUGAUAUUAGCUCCAAUUCCAGCAAACAGUCUCAACGUUUGCACGAUUAUCAAAAUAUCAAUGAGGGCAACGAUUACUUAUUGAGGUCGGAAAAACCUUCAAUUUAUUCUGUCGCGGGUACUACUCAUAGAGAACCUCAAAAUUUUGCUUAUGCAAGUGGGUCUUCCAAUUAUUCAAUAAAUGUUAGCAAUUUAGGUUAUCCCGAUUUAAUUGGGUCUUACCCGAUAAGUGACACCCUUAGCAGCUCAUCGGCCUCAUCGCAAUACCUGGCCGGUUCGGAGCGGGGCACCUCUAGAAGUCAAUCCAUCGUAACAAGUGUUUAUCCGACACCCAAAACAACUCCUAUUCAAUUUUUAAUUAAUAAAACCGGAAGCACUAAAUCAGAAUAUGGCCACAAUUCCGAUGGAUAUAAUAAAACGUCGUCCACCUAUCGUAACUCAUUUCCUUCGGCUCAAAUUACGGACGCUUUGACUUACUAUCCCACCAACGUUCGUGACAUAUCGAUGCCAGAAAACGUGCCAACCUACACGCAUUCUUCUGCUCAAUGGUUAAGUCGAUCAAUGGAUAACGAAAAUUAUUUUUCAUCGUCGUAUAAAAAAAAAGAUUUCGAUGAUAAGUAUACUGAACACGGUGAAAUGUAUACAAAAAAAAGUUCAAUGGAUCCAUCGGCUCAAUAUCGUGGAGAAGAAAGCAUGCCUAUUAGGGAUUACCAAUGGAGUAGAAGAGACUGGAAUUCGGAAUUGGAUAUUAGAAAUCAAAAUAAUGAGGCAAACGAAAAAUAUGGCAACGUGCAAUUUUACGAUACAAAUGGAGUUAUAGUUUCUCAAUCGGGUUACAUUUCCAUAGCUUCGAAUAUAAGAGAAGACAGUAACGGUUUUGAAAAAUUAACGAAAAAAAGUAGUAAAAAAUCAGGAAGUUUGAAAUCUGCAAUGAAUUCUGUGAGCAAUUGGCUUCCGGAAUUACGUUUCAAAAGGCAUCGUUCUAAUUCUUUGCCAGCCGAAGAAUUUAGAGGGGAGUCACAAAUAAAAAUGUCACCGAAAACAUCGUUGAAAGGAAGACUACAAAAACAAUUGUCUAACACGUUAUCGAAAAAGAAAGUAAGCAAAAUUCAUUUGGUAAGUACGGUUUCAGGGAUAAUACAAAAAGCCAAAAAAAAAGUUCACGCUUCCCAUUCGCUAUCGGAUUCGGAACAAAGCGAAAUGGAAUGGGGAAGUAGCGGUGUAAGAAAUGGAAGAUUCAGCGCUCUAUCUUGCAGAAGUGAGGAUAGUGUUUUUCCACAACAAUACGCUGAACAAUCUGACGAACCUAAUUUUCCUCUAGAUUCGAAUGAAGUUGUCACGUCGACACCUCCGGUUGCAGAUGAAUCAUUUGAAAACGAGUUAGAAGAAGAAAACGUACCUUCAAGCGUAUCAACAUUGUUUCCGACGGUCGGAGAAAUUAAAUUAAAUCAAAAAAGUACGACUGGUAGCAGUGACGAAUCUGUUACGAGCGAAGGAGCUAGAAAAUAUUCGCAGGUUAGCGUCUCCGGCCCACCUAGAGAGUUUGCCGUGUCUAGAGCCUUAGGAAAAUUUAGACAAAGACAAUCUUCAACGGUUUUGGAUGAUACGUCAGCUCAGGAAGACGGUAAUCAAAGCGUAAAAAGUGAAAACAGUAAAGAAAGCAUCGAGAAAACUUUUGAAGAAAUAUCUGAACCCGCGCUCGCACCUAUGGAGAAAUAUAAUCAACAAACUGAGGAAACGGAAGAACACACGGAAACACCGGAUGUAAAAGAAAAUGCGGAAACGUCAAACAACAACGUAAUUCUUAAUAUUAAAUCGGAGCAAUCGCGAAUUCCGACGGCGCACAUUCCAUCAAAAAUUUUUGAAGAAGAUGUACAAGGAAGUCCUUCGAUGCAAGGCGUGAAAGGUAAUCAAAGACAUGUCAUGACUAGACACCAGGUCAGUUUGGAAAUCCCGAUGGGAUAUCGUUCUUCUGGUGAGUGCGAUGAUGAUAACAGGAGCACUCAUUCUUGGAGAAGCACGUCUCGUGUUUCAUCGAGGCGGCAAAGCACCGAAGACAGCAUUGAUAGCGAAGACGAAUGGUAUUGUUACGAAUUAAGAAAAUUGGAAGAAUUAGAAAAACAAAAUCAAGUACAAAAGGAGAUAAUGGAAGUGGAAGAAGUUUACCAACCCGAUGAAAACGUAAAAGAAAAAAUGUCGUUUGUGCUGAAAGAGCUGAAGUUAAAAGCGUAUAAACCCGAAAACGAAAUGGACAAACAGGUACACAUAAAAGGAGUUAUGAAAAUAGAUGCCAAUAAUUUUUCACAACCCGAAACACACGUAGAAACAUUCACGUACGACGACAAGCCAUACUAUCCCGACAGGAAGCCUUCAAUGGAAAGAAGAGCUUCGGUCGAUCGGAAAAGACUACCCGAAACUCCAAGUCGGAGAAGUUCUAUAGACAGGUACUUUCCAAGAGAAUUACCACAAAGACCCAACGAAUUAAUACAACCGAAAGAAAUGAAACCUCAAGAUUUCGAAGAAGAAGAUGAAGAAAAAGAACAUUCAUCCGGUGAUACGAGCGGACCCGAUAGUCCUCAUCAAAGUUUCGACGAAACGGAUUACGAAGAACCUCAAUUAAUAGAAGAAGAAUCGCGUAGGAGUUCGAACGGGUAUCAGAAUAAAAUUUCCGGGUCUCUCAGUCGAGAGGGUAGCGAAAGCGUACCUCCGAGCGAAAUGUCCGUAUCGAUACAAGGUGAAUGGAACAGCGAGGAUACCGGUACGGUUCGCGAAGGUUCCGUUAGCAUGCACGGAAGCGAAUGGGAAAACGACAUACGAGAGGGAAUUCGUUUAAAAUAA